AUGGGGAUGCUUCAGUCGGGUGGCAGGGAGGCAGCAGCCUUUGGGGUGUGGGUGGACCCCAGCUCUCGUCACAAGUCAGUCCAGAAAAAGCCAUCUGCAUACAACCCUGCUCAGCCCUGUCCACCGAGCCCCUCCUGCCUUGGCAGGUGGCUCUUCACAGGUUCUGGGGGUCAAGGGGGGGAUGAUUUUGGGGGAGUUUAUGGGGCCAAGGGGUGGCAUGAGCAGACUGGCCCGACAGCCACCUCAGUUGGGCCUGUCUUCCUUCUCACAGGAGUUGGGGUCUCGAUUCUGGGAGGCCUAAGGGCAGAGGGAAGGGGAGGGGCAGCCCCCCAGGAGCCCGGCCCCCUUGCCCACCACUCUGGGCUGGGGCGGGACUUCAUGUUGGCUUGGUCCCUGGCCUCAGCAUGGACGGUCCCCUUGGAAACCAGAACCCCACCCUUGACCUUGACCCUGACCCUAGGCAGGGAUCCCCACACUUGCAGCCUCCUGACAAGCCCUGACAGUCCUCUUUGGGCUUUGGGACCCCAGGCUCUCUCGGGUGGCCCAGCAGUGGGGGAUGAGCAGGUGUACAGUGAGCCACAGCAGAGCCACUGGGACACAGGCUGUCCCUGGCAUGGAGCCACCUUCCCGGGACCUCCGGCGGGCACAGCAGCAAUGGUGGGCACGGGCCAGGCACCCCCAGGGCACCGUCCUGGGGCAGCACUGUGUACCUGCCCUGCUGGCCACCUGCCUGCCCAGCACUCCCUGGGCUCCCUUGCAGCGGGUUCUCCAGGAUCCUGGCCUGAGUUCUGGAGAGCAGGCCCAGCGGACCAUGGAGGAGGUGGAAUGGUCUGGACUCUUGGCAGGAGCCUGCGGUGGUUACCUGGAAGCUUGGCCCCAAACCCAAUCCUACUGUCCUCCCCAUUGUCUUUGAACCUUCAAUAA